CGCGUCUCCUGCAAGAUGGCGAGCGGCGGCAGUGGGGGGGUUUCGGUGCCUGCGCUCUGGAGUGAAGUCAACCGUUACGGCCAGAAUGGCGACUUCACGCGCGCUCUCAAGACCGUCAACAAGCUACUGCAGAUCAACAAGGAUGAUGUAACUGCCCUACACUGUAAAGUGGUAUGCCUUAUCCAGAAUGGAAGUUUCAAGGAAGCCUUGAAUGUCAUCAAUACUCACACCAAAGUGUUAGCCAAUAACUCUCUUUCCUUUGAGAAGGCAUAUUGCGAGUACAGGCUGAACAGAAUUGAGAAUGCCUUGAAGACCAUCGAAAGUGCCAGUCAGCAGACAGACAAACUAAAGGAGCUUUAUGGACAAGUGUUAUACCGGUUAGAACGCUAUGAUGAAUGCUUAGCUGUGUAUAGAGAUCUUGUGCGAAACUCCCAAGAUGAUUAUGAUGAAGAGAGAAAAACAAACCUUUCAGCAGUUGUUGCAGCUCAAAGCAAUUGGGAAAAAGUGGUUCCAGAGAACUUGGGCCUCCAAGAAGGCACACACGAACUGUGCUACAAUGCUGCGUGUGCACUCAUAGGACAAGGCCAGCUGAAUCAGGCAAUGAAAAUCCUACAAAAGGCUGAAGAUCUUUGCCGCCGUUCGUUAUCAGAAGAUUCUGAUGGGACUGAGGAAGAUCCACAGGCGGAACUGGCCAUCAUUCAUGGGCAGAUGGCCUAUAUUCUGCAGCUUCAGGGUCGUACAGAGGAGGCUUUGCAACUUUACAAUCAGAUAAUAAAACUAAAGCCAACAGAUGUGGGAUUGCUAGCUGUGAUUGCAAAUAACAUCAUUACCAUUAACAAGGACCAAAAUGUCUUUGACUCCAAGAAGAAGGUGAAAUUAACCAAUGCAGAAGGAGUAGAGUUUAAGCUUUCCAAGAAACAACUGCAAGCCAUAGAAUUUAACAAAGCUUUACUUGCUAUGUACACAAACCAGGCAGAACAGUGUCGCAAAAUAUCUGCCGGUUUACAGUCCCAAAGUCCUGAGCGUCUCCUGCCUGUGUUAAUCCAAGCUGCCCAGCUCUGCCGUGAAAAGCAGCACACAAAAGCAAUAGAACUGCUUCAGGAAUUUUCAGAUCAGCAUCCAGAAAAUGCAGCUGAAAUUAAGCUGACCAUGGCACAACUGAAAAUUUCCCAAGGUAAUAUUUCCAAAGCAUGUCUAAUAUUGAGAAGCAUAGAGGAGUUAAAGCAUAAACCAGGCAUGGUGUCUGCAUUAGUGACCAUGUACAGCCAUGAGGAAGAUAUUGAUAGUGCCAUUGAGGUCUUCACACAAGCUAUCCAGUGGUAUCAAAACCAUCAGCCUAAAUCUCCUGCUCAUUUGUCCUUGGUAAGAGAAGCUGCAAACUUCAAACUCAAAUAUGGGCGGAAGAAGGAGGCAAUUAGUGACCUAGAACAACUAUGGAAACAAAAUCCAAAAGAUAUUCACACCCUGGCGCAGCUUAUUUCUGCAUACUCACUCGUAGAUCCUGAGAAAGCAAAAGCUCUUAGUAAACACUUGCCCUCGUCAGAUAGCAUGUCUCUAAAAGUAGAUGUCGAGGCUCUUGAAAAUUCUCCUGGUGCUACGUACAUUCGGAAGAAGGGUGGAAAAGUUGCUGGAGAUAGUCAACCAAAGGAGCAAGGACAGGGAGAUUUGAAAAAGAAGAAGAAGAAAAAGAAGGGAAAACUGCCUAAGAAUUAUGACCCAAAAGUGACCCCAGAUCCUGAAAGAUGGCUGCCAAUGCGAGAACGUUCUUACUACCGGGGAAGAAAGAAGGGGAAAAAGAAGGAUCAGAUUGGAAAAGGGACCCAGGGAGCAACUGCAGGAGCUUCGUCUGAGCUGGAUGCCAGUAAAACUGUGAGCAGCCCACCCACCUCCCCAAGACCUGGCAGUGCAGCAACAGCAUCUGCAUCUACAAGUAAUAUCAUACCCCCAAGACACCAGAAACCUGCAGGGGCUCCAGCAACAAAAAAGAAACAGCAACAGAAAAAGAAGAAAGGUGGAAAAGGUGGCUGGUGAUUAGAACGUACUUGUUGCAGUCUGUUUUUAAACUAGUCUCGUUGACAUUAGGAACAUGAUACAGGUGACACAGCAAGAAGCACAGAGCUGCUCCCUCUCCCAUCCCCACAUUUUAAUACAAUUAUUUUCUUGUGCAUCAAACGGGAAAACAUCUUCUGCAAGUUCUGCUUAGUCAGACUUGGCCUACCUGUACCACCUAGGUUUGCACAGAUGAUAAGGACUCAAAAUAAUUGGGCAUUUACCCACCUUGAUACCUGUUGCAUCCUUUCUCUCUGUGUGCUGAUCUGGUGGUUUUUUCAGUUUUACAAAGAAGGCAUGUUAUCCAAAGUUUCCUAGGAUUUAAACAGAAACCACUUCUACUGUUCAAACUAGUGUCUGAAGAUAUUUGUUCCUAUCAAGUCCCAGUUUAAAUUAUGUCUUAGGAUGCCUUAGGAGACUGAAAGUGGAAUCUUCUGAGCAUUCCAAAUAUCUGCUUAGAAAUAUCAUGUGAUAAAAAGGGACCUUAUUACACUGGUGUUCUUCACUUCAUUACAUGAGUGGCCACUGGAAAACUAAAGUAAAUGUCUUGAUUAAUUUUGACCAUAAAUUCUCUGUCAUGUGAUACUGAAAUAUGGGAUUGUGUGUGUAUGUGUGUGUGUAUACAUAUAUAUAAAUUAGGACUCCUUUGCACCCCUGUAUUGUUUUCAGAUUAUGAUAACAUUAUAUUGAUUUAGCACCGUUCAAGAACCCAAGGAAAAUAUAUCAAUGUUGUAAGAAGUUGACUCUUAGACCCAGUGUUCUGAGUUCAGAUGGGUUUGGACUGUCUCAAUCAGAAAGAUUUAAUGGCCACUAUCAAGAGCAUGAACAUUGACUUCCUACUUAGAGACAAAAUCAAUACCAGAGUUCAGUAGCGGGCAGUAUUAAAACUUAACAGAACUGUUUGGCCCAAUUAAGAUACUCAGAUGGCUCCUCUUUCUAGUUAGGGGUACAGUCAUGUAUUAUGCUUCUCAAAGUAAUGAAGUAUUACACAGUCAGUCUGUGGUGUCAGUGUUGCUCAGGUCUUUCCGUUCUUGCAAACCACUUUCCCAUUGAACAGCUGUGAGACAGACGCACUGGGAUGCCCACCCUUGUUAGAAUUCAUUUUAUAGGGCCCAAGAGGACAUUAAAUUUAGACUUAUGAGUAUUUCCUUGUGAUCAUAUUACUCCAUCCUUGUUAAUAAAGUGCUGCUGUGUUUGACUCUGAACAUCUACUGGAACUUCUUCAAAGAGUUUUUAAAAAGGCUUUCCUCCUUUACAAAAGUAAGAAAUGCAGUGCUGCCUUUCUGUUUAGUGUAGUCAAAAUCUCUGGUGGCAUCUAAACAAGAGACCCUCUUAUAUAUGGAUGAUUUAGUAUGGCAUAAUACUUUUUGAGCUGUCAGAGAAUAGUCUUUUGGUAAGAGUGACAGAUACUUAUUCUUUUGGAAUAUACACCCCAUUACAGGAAUAAUUACUAGUAAAUUUGUUAGGAUUCAUUACAUUUCUGUGGUGAAGGAUAAUCAUUUUUUAGGUCCACUAAGCUACAGAAUUUUGGUGAAAAUUAUCCAUUAUUGAAAAUUUUGACCCAGGGCACAACAAUGACAUUUACAGUUCUCUAUUUACUCAUUGUAAUUGCCAUUCAUUGUUAUUAUUAGUCUUUACUAAGCAACUGAAACCUCAGUUUAAAUAAGUUAUAAUUGUCAAAUGAAGUGUAAACAUCUACAUUAACUAAUUACUACUUCUUUUGGACAGGUCUUUAAACAAUGACAUAUAUACUUUGUGUAUAUAUAUGUGUGUGUGUGUACAUUUAUAGAAACCAGUACGGAUACAUCCAGUCACUGUGGCACCUUUUAAAAUAAAAUAUUCUAGCAGUGAAUAUGGA